GGAGGGCGCUGCGCGGCCUCGCGGCACCUCCAGCCCGCGCCCCCGCCUUCCCGGAGCCCCGCGCUCCCGGGCGCGCACCCGCAGGCCCGUCUCCUCGCGUCUCCGCCGCGGCUGCUGCAGCAGCCCGGACCAUGGCGACCUGCUCUUGGCUGCGGUGCUGCGGCGUCCUGCGCCUCCGCCCGCGCACCGGCUGCCGGAGGCUGGCUGCCAGCACGACUCAGCUCCGCGGCUACGCCGGGGGCCUGGCCGACCUCUCAGCCGAGCUGCUGCGCACUGACAGCUUUGUAGGCGGCCGCUGGCUCCCAGUCGCUGCCACCUUCCCGGUGCACGACCCUGCCAGCGGCGCCACUCUGGGCUCGGUGGCAGACUGCGGGGUGCCCGAGGCCCGUGCUGCGGUGCGCGCCGCCUAUGAGGCUUUCCGCAGCUGGAGGGGGGUCUCGGCCAAGGAGAGGAGUUCAUUACUUCGGGAGUGGUACAAUUUAAUGAUACAAAAUAAGGACGACCUUGCCAAGGUUAUCACAGCCGAAAGUGGCAAGCCACUGAAGGAGGCACAGGGAGAAAUCCUCUAUUCAGCCCAGUUCCUGGAGUGGUUCUCAGAAGAAGCCCGGCGCAUUUAUGGAGACAUCAUCACUACCCCCUCCAAGGAAAGGCGGGCCCUGGUUCUCAAGCAGCCCAUGGGUGUGGCCGCCAUCAUCACGCCGUGGAACUUCCCCAGCGCCAUGAUCACCCGCAAGGUUGGGGCUGCCCUCGCAGCCGGCUGCACCGUGGUGGUGAAACCUGCUGAGGACACACCCUUCUCUGCGCUGGCCCUGGCCGAGCUUGCCAACCGGGCGGGAAUUCCUCCCGGCGUGUACAAUGUCAUUCCCUGCUCUCGGAGUAAGGCCAAGGAGGUGGGGGAAGCUCUUUGCACCGAUCCUCUGGUGUCCAAAAUUUCCUUCACUGGCUCAACAGCGACGGGAAAGAUCCUCUUGCGCCAUGCAGCCAGUUCUGUGAAAAGGGUCUCCAUGGAGCUGGGUGGCCUCGCUCCCUUCAUUGUGUUCGACAGCGCCAAUGUGGAGCAGGCUGUAACAGGGGCCCUGGCCUCGAAAUUCAGGAACACCGGGCAGACUUGUGUUUGCUCAAACCGGUUCUUGGUGCAAAGGGGUAUCCAUGAUGCCUUCGUGAACAGACUGGCGGAGGCCAUGAAGAAAACUCUCCAUGUGGGCAAUGGAUUUGAGGCGGCCACCACUCAAGGCCCACUGAUUAAUGAGAAAGCAGUAGAAAAGGUGGAAAAACAUGUGAGUGAUGCCGUUUCCAAGGGGGCCACUAUUGUGACCGGUGGGAAGCGGCACCCCCUCGGGGGAAACUUCUUCGAGCCCACCCUGCUCAGCAGCGUCACCCAGGACAUGCUCUGCUCCAAGGAAGAGACUUUUGGGCCCGUGGCGCCAGUGAUCAAGUUCGAUACUGAAGAGGAGGCCGUCGCCAUUGCCAAUGCCACCGACGUGGGGCUAGCAGGUUAUUUUUAUUCUCAAGACCCAGCACAGAUCUGGAGGGUAGCAGAGCAACUGGAAGUUGGCAUGGUUGGCGUUAACGAAGGCCUCAUUUCCACUGUGGAGUGCCCUUUUGGCGGGGUGAAGCAGUCCGGCCUUGGGCGAGAAGGUUCCAAGUACGGCAUUGACGAGUACCUAGAAGUCAAGUAUGUGUGCCAAGGAGGCUUGUAGGAGCCUUCAGUUCUUCAGGAAAUAAAAAAAGGAAGCUUGCCCACAUAAAUGGGGACCUGUCACCUAUUGUGUUAAACAAAUUGUAGGCUGUUGGAGUUAGGAAUUUUUUGUUUUAGAACUCACCCAGUCCCUGUAGUCUACAGCAGGUGUAAGUCCCACCCCUGUCCUUUCCAAACUGGGGACCAGUGCAAGCAGUAUGGCUGUGGUGGCAUCCUGCAGGAUACUCUGAGGCCAUGCUAUGCUCCAUCUGCCUGCAGAGCAAAACUUGAGCACAGCCAGGUCCUAUAGGCUCCACACAUGGGUCCAGGGAGACUCCUGAGCAUGGCUGAGGGCUGAGUCGGGGGCACAAUAAGGACGGGGGUGGGUGUAGAUUCGGAGGCAUCACUGCAAGGGUUAAGCUUUGGUUUAGAGACCUCUGAGGCAGCACAGAGCUGCCUGGGCUUCUAAGUGAAGCAGUGCCUCACUGUGAUCCUGGAACAGUGUUUCCUCUGCAGGAUUCAUCAGCUUUAAGUGUCUGCUUUUGAUUUCCCUGAGGGGCUAGGCAUCCGCCUGGAGCAGAGAACAGCAGAGGGAGUGUUGGGAUGAAGGCAGGUGCCAGAGGCCUGGGCCUUUCCCUAGCAGCCUUGUUGUCCCUGUGGAUACAUCCACUCAGCACCUGCUGCCUUGCGUGUCAGGUGGAUAUCUUCCAUAGGCCUGAGUGAACUCUACAGCUGCAGUCAGCCCAGGAGACAGUGAGAAUACUUUGCAAAAAGAGGGAAACCCUAGUGUUACGAGCAGCCCCACCUAGCUUCCUCUUAAACAAUACAUCGUCAGGGGCCUUACCAAGCUGAGGGAAGCCAGGUCCACCUGCCUGAC